GCCCUACGUCGAUCCACGAUUGCACACGCGCAUGGUUAACUAAAACAAUAUUUUCUUCACUUUUAUCAUUCUUCCUAUGAUUGGCAUUACACUGUCUAAUUGUGUAAUACAACUUGUAUCGCUUUAUUUGGCGAGCUACUGAGUCUGCGCACUAGGGAGCAAUAAGGAACUCAACUAUCAUUCUAAUAAAAUCCCAUGCAGAGCUACGUGGUUGACACAAACACAGCUUGGCCAUUUUGAGUGAUCGAUUGUCAUUGAGUAACUUUACUUAGCUCGAUGUGCUACUAAAGGCUUCAUCUAACGCCAGAUCAAAUCAUCUCCGGGACAGGUACACACAUUGAAACGACCUAGAACUUGGAGAAAACCAUGCCGAAGCCGAGCGCUUCCAAGGCGACAGGGAAGACCCGCAGGUUCAUCAGUGGUGUGGUGGAAGGCUUUUACGGGCGACCAUGGACUAUGGAACAGAGGACUGAGCUUUUCCAAAGGGAGAAGAAGUGGGGUCUGAACACGUACCUCUACGCCCCUAAAGAUGACUACAAACACAGAAUGUACUGGAGGGACCUGUACUCACCUGAGGAGGCAGAGAAACUGGUUGCUCUGAUAACUGCAGCGAAGAAGAACGGAGUGGACUUCAUCUACGCCAUCUCCCCUGGAUUGGACAUCACAUUCUCCAACCCCAAAGAGGUUGCCACCCUGAAGAGGAAACUGGACCAGGUGAGUGGAUUUGGCUGCAGUUCCUUCUCCCUCCUCUUCGACGACAUCGAGACAGAGAUGUGUCCGGCGGACAAGCAGGCAUUCCUCUGGGACGCCUGGGACAGUUCCUUCUUCUGCCCCACAGAUUACUGUGCAGCAUUCUGCACUCCUAACGUCUCCCAGUCGGCCUACCUUCACACUGUGGGAGGGAACCUCCUACCUGGGAUUGAUGUUCUCUGGACAGGUCCUAAGGUGGUGUCGCACCACAUCACGGUAGAGUCCAUUGUAGAGGUGUCCUCCGUCCUGAAGAGGGCGCCGGUUAUCUGGGACAACAUCCACGCCAAUGACUACGACCCCCAGAGAAUCUUCAUGGGACCAUACAAGGAUCGUCCCACAGACCUGAUCCCCAAGCUGAGAGGGGUGCUGACCAACCCUAACUGUGAGUACCACCCUAACUUCGUGGCGAUCCAUACCCUGGCAACGUGGUGCCGGUCUGAAGGAGGACGAGUAGGAGGACAGAGAGACGUGGAGAUGACAGGUGGUGAUGAUGAUGAGGCAGGCUCAGACCCCUGCUACAGCCCCAAGAGAGCCCUCACCCUGGCCCUGACUGACUGGCUACAGGAGUUCCUCAGCACGGACCAGCCUGGAGGCCUUCGACCUCUGAACCCCACCCACCUGAAGAAAGAGUCCUCUGACGAGGAGCCCAUGCAGACUGACGUGGGAGACCCCGUGUACGUGCCAGGUUCUGGGGACAACCCCCUGUUCACUGCAGAACCCCUGACCCUGGACGAUCUCCAGCUCCUCUCAGAACUGUUCUACCUGCCGUAUGAACACGGUUCUACUGCUAGAACCAUGCUGACGGAACUGGACUGGCUCAAAGCACACAGAGAAGCAGUGGGAGAUGCAGAGACUGAGAUGACAGCAGAGUGGCGUUCCAGGGCGAAGUGUUUUGACGUGAUGUGUGUUGCUGUGUUUACCAUGUUUAACCGCCUGUCCAACGCCCCCAACCGGAGCAUCCUCUACGACCUCUACAACUACAUCUGUGACAUCAAGAGUGGUGUCACCCUGGCCCGCGCCUACGUCAAACAAUUGGGGGGGCAGAGUAGGCCCUCAGCCCAGGUCAUGACUGAUGACCCAGAGCCCUGGGGGUUUAGAGGGGGUCUCUCCGGGGAGUUCCAGAGAAUGCUGCCUUGCCAUGGUAACAGAGAUCUGUUCCGUCACCCUCCUAUGACAUCAGUGUAUUCUAUACGACCCUUCUGCCCAGAAGACAAGACUGAGAUACAGAAGAUCCACAUGGAGAUGCAGAGAGGAGAGGCCAAGGCUCCUGCAGUAGCACUACCUGCUCUGAUCAGUGAUGGGCUAGCAGGAGGGCAGCUGUCCCCCUCCCCAAACUGUGGUCUGGUUCUGGAGGAUGAUGGAGGGGCAGCUGCACUGAACAACCAGAGGACAUUGCCAGGGGACUUCCCUUCCUUGGUAACCAUGCAGCUCCACCCCCGGGUUACAGACCCCGCCCCCGCCAGGCGUAUGAUUGGCAGCCUGCUCUCGUUGAUGAAGACCAGUGGUUCCAGAGGUGUGUUCUGUGAGCUGAGGCAGGCUGACAGGAGGAUGUUUGACUUCUACUCUAAACUGGGCUCCUUCACAACGCUCACUAUGGCGGGCUGCCUCAGGACGUCGUCGCCAUGGGAACCAGCUUGUAAACUUGCCACCACCUUGCACUACUACGUCGUCAGGUUUUUAAAUUGACCUUUUGGAUAACCGGGACGAGAACUUUUGAUUAAUUCAGCUGUUUAUUUGAUGGCCAUGCGUCAAUCAAUUACUAUAGGAUGAUGUGUGAAAUGUAUCUGAUCAAGUUUGUCACUGGGAUCCACCUUGUUUGACUGAGUAUUUGUGGAACGUAAUCUUUGUAAAUUCCGUCUUUACAAUCCCAUAUUGAAGUGAAUGAUUGACGCAUUUAAAUCAGCCUGUAAGAGGAUCUAACUAAUGUACUGUAUCUGUUGAUCAAUAAAGAUUUGAAAAUUUUGAA